GGAAAUCAGAUGCGGUGCCGGUGUGCAGCCUUCCACUCCGCCCUGUUCCCCUGAAGCGCGUUAUCCCUCGCGUGGCGCGAUCGGCACCGUCCACGUCACGGUCGUGCGGCCGUCCGAUGAGUCGAUGGGACGCCGGGGCCCACCCGUCAUAAAGCGAAGGCCUAUAGCUGCCGGAAAUAUCACAUUUGAUUCGAGCCAGUCAGCCAGCCCCGGAGCCCUGGACAGCAGCAGUGAACUCGAGGCCGCUCCGCCACCUCGCCACUCGCCUCUUCUCGCUCUCGCCACCGGGCCAGGGAAGGGACCAUCCGAUCGGCUCCGAACUUGUUGAAUUCAUGAAAUUGUCUUAAAUCAUAGUCAUGGCUGGAGCUGCUGCUCUCAAUGAGGGUAUCCUUUCUUCCGUGUCCGAGAAAAAUGUUGCUGCUCACCCAUGGCAUGAUUUGGAGAUAGGACCAGAGGCUCCUGAAGUGUUCAAUUGUGUGGUUGAGAUUCCUAGAGGCAGCAAGGUUAAGUAUGAGUUGGACAAGAUAUCUGGUCUGAUCAAGGUGGAUCGUGUCCUUUACUCCUCUGUUGUUUACCCACAUAACUAUGGUUUCAUUCCACGCACACUCUGUGAGGAUAGCGACCCCAUGGACGUCCUCGUACUGAUGCAGGAACAAGUUGUCCCUGGGUGUUUUCUGCGAGCUCGUGCUAUUGGGCUCAUGCCUAUGAUCGAUCAGGGUGAGAAAGAUGAUAAGAUCAUAGCUGUCUGUGCUGAUGACCCUGAAUUCCGUCACUACAAGGACAUCUCGGACCUCCCCCCGCAUCGCCUUCAAGAGAUCCGCCGCUUUUUUGAAGAUUAUAAAAAGAAUGAAAACAAAGAAGUUGCAGUGAAUGAUUUCCUCCCAGCCGAAGAUGCCAUCAAAGCAAUCGAGCACUCGAUGGACCUGUAUGGCUCGUACGUCAUGGAAAGCCUGAGGAGGUGAUCUGCUGCUGCUUGAUUGUGGAUGCUACGUAAUUUUCUCAACAGCUCAUCGAGAGUACCGUAGUCCGUAGUACGGCAAAUGUUAACACGCACGAACUGGAAUCAUGACCAAGGGAUAUUACCUUCUGUUCAUGCUGAAACGAUCAGCAGUUUCUUUCUUUGCAUCAUAUGCCACGUCAAAUCAAGGCACUUGCCUCUGAAAUCUUUGUGGUCAAGUCAAACCAGCACUUCGACAGAACGAUUGAUGGAUGCCUCAUGCCUGUAUUACUGUUACAUAAAUGUCCAUUUGCUCAACUUCAUUUCUUA